AUGGAGACUCUGUCACAGGACACUCUUUCCACCUCACCUCCCGACAAGCCAAAAUUGAUGCAAGGUGGGAACUACAUAGCCGAAGGUCGAGACUCCACCAAGUCGACGUGGCUACUCUUCUCUCCAGGCACGAGAGAUAAGGCCGGUUCUCUCGCUAAGUUCCUCAGCGUGUUCUCUAGCCACGGAGUCAACCUCAGCCACAUCGAGUCCCGCUCCUCGGCCCGAAGGCCUGGAUAUGAGUUCAUGGUGGAGUGCGAGCACGGCUCCGGGGAUUUUGGAGCCGCUCUGGACGAUCUCAAGAAAGAUACUGGGUAUCUGACCAUCAUUUCAAGAAACUACAAGGAUAAUCGAUCGGCUGUCCCAUGGUUCCCGCGCCGUAUACGAGAUUUGGACAAGUUCGCUAACCAGAUCCUUUCGUACGGCUCGGAGCUGGAUGCGGACCACCCAGGCUUCACGGACCCCGAAUACCGUGCACGGCGAAAAUACUUUGCGGACAUCGCUUAUAACUACAAGCACGGCCAACCACUUCCGCACGUCGAAUACACCAAAGAGGAGACGGCCACAUGGGGCGUUGUCUUCCAAAAGCUCACUGAGCUGUAUCCUACGCACGCAUGCAAAGAACACAACCACGUCUUCCCGCUGCUUAUCGAGAACUGCGGCUACCGGGAAGACAACAUACCACAACUGGAAGAUGUUUCCAAUUUUCUUAAAGAUUGUACCGGGUUCACACUACGCCCGGUCGCUGGACUACUGUCAUCCCGGGACUUCCUCGCCGGGCUAGCGUUCCGAGUAUUCCAUAGCACUCAGUACAUCCGUCAUCACUCUCGACCACUCUAUACGCCCGAGCCCGACGUCUGCCACGAGCUGCUCGGUCACGCCCCGCUCUUUGCUGAUCCGGCGUUUGCACAGUUCUCGCAGGAAAUCGGACUGGCAUCGUUGGGUGCACCCGACGAUUAUAUCGAGAGACUUGCCACGUGUUUUUGGUUCACGGUGGAGUUCGGUCUCUGUCGUCAAGACGGCCAGUUGAAGGCUUAUGGCGCCGGUCUUUUGUCCUCGUUUGGUGAGCUGCAAUACUGCCUGUCCAGCGAGCCAGAACUAAAGGAGUUCAACCCAGAGGUCACUGGGGAACAGAAGUACCCUAUCACUGAAUAUCAACCCAUAUACUUCGUUGCCAACAGCUUUGAGAGCGCCAAAGACAAAAUGAUAAAAUUCGCUCAAACGAUCCCUCGAGACUUCGCCGUAAGGUACAACCCAUACACGCAGAGCAUCGACAUUCUGGACUCACAGAAGCAGAUGAGGGAUCUCCUUCGGGAAGUGCAUCAAGAGAUGAACCUCCUCCUCAACACCAUGGAGAAGCUUUAA